AUGCUUGCAGAAACACAUUUGCCACAGCUGGAAGAAAAGCCUCCUGGGCUUCGAUCCCAUCGAAUCAGUCUGGACUAUUCCAGGAACAGAUCAACAGCAAAGAAUCUCAUAGAGCGCUACUUCCGGCAAUUGACAGAAGGCUGUGGUAAUGACGACUGCGACAAUGAGUUUUGCGCUUCAUGUCGGCAUUUUAGACCACUGGAUAAAAACAUGGCGGCGGUCCGAGCGGUACGGCUGUGUAAGAGUAAUGCCAAGCUUUGUGAUGUCAAAGUGGCGCAGUCUGAAUUGGACGUUGAACCAUUGGAUCAAAAGGAGGACUUUUCAGAUGUCCAUUACUUCACAGAGAACACGGUUUGUAUGAUUCUCAGUUCGUGUGAAGAGGACGGCGACUACUCCGCCCUCAUCCGCGUUGUCGGCCGGGUUUUCUCCAAUGCCAACGCCCUGAUGAAAAGUUUCCGUAAAGAUGAACCAGACUCUGCCGGGGCUUCAGCUGAACUGGGCGCCUCUCUUGACAUUGACUCUGUCCGGCGUUUCUACGAGCGACUCCAGACCAUCGAGCUGGCCGAAUCUGCUCUGGUCAACGCUCUCGUCUACCUCACUCCCAACGUAGAGCUGGACCUGGAGUACCUGGAGGCGUAUGAGACCAACCCGGAUUAUUUGAACAUCUUCAUAAUUCUGAUGGAGAAUACAAACCUCCACAGCCCCGAGUUCCUGGAAGUGGCGCUACCGCAGCUGUGCAAGGCAAUGAGUAAAUUACCAGUGGCCGCCCUGGCCCGGCUGUGCAACCUGUGGUCCGGAUACGAGCUUCCGCAUGUUCAACGCAUGAUGGAGACCUUCCAGCAGCUCAUCACAUACACCGUAGUUAGCCAUGAGUACGACAGUGAGCACCUGGUCAACGACGACGAGACGGUAGUGGCCGCCUGCAAGUGUCUGAAGGUGGUCUUCUAUGCCAGCCUAAUCGGCGGCGAGGUCGAUGUCGAGCACGACGACGAGGACGACUUAGACGUGGUCAGUUCAGAUGAAGUUAGUGUACAUGAACUUCUAGGUGAGGAACGGCUCUACAAAAAGGGUCCUCAUGUGGACCUACUGGGGAAAGAACUAGGGGUCCGAGCAAUCGACAGCAGGAAGCCCCUCAUCCCGUUUGAGGACUUUGUCAAUGAGUCUCUGAACGAUGUAGUGGAGAUGGACAAAGACUUUACCUUCUUCAAGGUGGACGCUGAAACCAAGUUCUCUUUCCAAACCUGCCCAUUCGUCCUAAACGUGGUUACCAAGAAUCAGGGGCUGUACUAUGACAAUCGGAUCAGGAUGUACAGCGAACGGCGCCUGACGGAUCUUUACGGCUCUGUCCCGGGACAGCAGCCCAGCCCUUACCUCAAGCUCAAAGUGCGGCGAGAUCACAUCAUUGACGACGCGCUCGUCAGGCUGGAGAUGAUCUCCAUGGAGAACCCAUCCGACCUUAAAAAGCAACUCUUUGUCGAGUUCGAGGGUGAACAAGGUGUGGACGAGGGUGGCCUUUCCAAGGAGUUCUUCCAGUUGAUCCUUGAGGAAAUUUUUAAUCCUGACAUUGGAAUGUUCACCUACGAUGACGACACCAAGCUUUUUUGGUUCAACUCAUCCUCCUUGGAGACGGAAGCCCAGUACACUUUAGUGGGCAUCGUGCUCGGCCUCGCCAUCUACAACAACUGCAUCCUGGAUGUGCACUUCCCCAUGGUGGUCUACAGGAAACUCAUGGGCAAGAAAGGCACCUUCUUGGACCUCCUUGACUCACAUCCAGUUCUCUACAAGAGUCUGAAGGAGCUGUUGGACUACACUGGCGACGUGGAGGCGGACAUGUCGCUCACCUUCCAGAUUUCCCAUACAGAUCUUUUCGGAAGCCCUGUGUUGUAUGACCUCAAGGAGGAGGGCGAAGACAUUCCUGUUUCCAAGGAGAACAGACAGGAGUUUGUGGACCUUUACGCCGACUACAUUCUGAACACAAGCGUGGGGAGGCAGUUCCGUGCGUUUAAGAAAGGUUUCCUCAUGGUAACCAGCGAGUCCCCGAUGAGAUACUUGUUCAGGCCCGAGGAAGUGGAGUUGCUUAUCUGUGGAAGCAGGAAACUUGACUUUGAAGCCUUGGAGAAGACAGUAGAAUAUGACGGAGGUUAUAGCAAGGACACACAAAUUAUCAAGGAUUUUUGGGAAACGUUGCACUCAUUUGGAGACGAACAGAAGAAGCUGUUCCUGCAGUUCACCACCGGCACGGACAGAGCACCUGUCGGCGGACUUGGCAAGCUCAAAAUGAUCAUCGCCAAAAAUGGCUCAGACUCCAGCAGGCUGCCGACGUCGCACACCUGCUUCAACGCGCUUCUCCUUCCGGAAUAUUCCUCCAAGGAGAAGCUGCGAGAGAGACUUCUCAAGGCAAUCACUUACGCCAAAGGCUUCGGAAUGCUGUGA